GUGGCUUUUACUUACAUGAUUUUCAUCAUUUAUAGAGCUUAAAGAAGAAGGUUCGAGUAGCUUCGAGAAGUUGAAGAAGAAGCUUCUCAAAGAGACAAAGGGAGGAGAGGAGAAAGAUGGCUUCUUGGUUGUUGAAGGGGUUGAUAUUGGUCAUUGUAGGUUGCUUGUUGCCGGCUCUUUUUGUCGAGUCUCGCAUUCGACACUACAAGUUUAAUGUGGUGCAAAAGAAUCACACAAGAUUGUGCUCAACAAAAUCAAUUGUAACGAUAAACGGGAAAUUUCCUGGUCCAACUCUUGUAGCAAGAGAAGAUGAUACAGUGGUAGUAAAGGUGGUUAAUCAUGUCAAAUAUAAUCUCACUAUUCAUUGGCAUGGCAUUCGACAAAUAAGAACUGGUUGGUCAGAUGGACCGUCAUAUAUUACACAAUGCCCAAUACAGCCAGGACAAACCUUUACUUAUAACUUCACAUUGACGGGCCAAAGAGGAACCCUUUGGUAUCAUGCCCACAUUUUAUGGCUUAGAGCAACUGUCCAUGGUGCAAUUGUCAUAUUGCCUAAACUUGGAGUUCCUUAUCCUUUUCCUAAACCACAUAAAGAAGUCGUCGUUGUAUUAGGUGAAUGGUGGAAAUCUGAUGUCGAAGCUGUAAUCAACGAAGCUUUGAAAUCUGGCUUGGCACCCAACGUUUCCGAUGCGCAUACAAUCAAUGGAUACCCUGGGCCCGUUAAGAAUUGUAACUCCCAAGAAUUGUUCAACUUACAAGUGAGGCCAGGAAAAAGAUACAUGCUUCGUAUCGCAAAUGCAGCACUGAAUGAAGAACUUUUCUUUAAAAUUGCGGGACACCAACUCACAGUUGUAGAAGUUGAUGCUACUUAUGUUAAACCUUUCAAGACAGACACAAUUGUGAUAUCUCCAGGUCAAACCACAAAUGUCAUCCUUGAAACUGAUAAGCUUGCAGGAAAGUACUUGGUUGUAGUUUCACCUUUCAUGGAAGCACCAAUUGCAGUAGAUAACGCCACCGGUCUAGCCACCAUCCACUAUGCCACGACAUCAAACACAUCGACUAGUCUAUCCACCACCCUUACCGCACCACCUCCGAUCAAUGCGACUCAAAUAUCAGAUAACUUUACCAAUUCUCUAAAGGCUCUGAACUCAAAUAAGUUUCCUGCUUUAGUCCCUCAAAAAGUUGAUCACUCCUUAUUUUUUGCUGUUGGCUUAGGGAUAAAUCCUUGCUCAACAUGUGUCAAUGGAUCAAGGAUUGUGGCUGCUAUCAAUAAUGUUAGCUUUGUUUUGCCCAAAAUAUCUCUUCUACAAGCACAUUACUUCAACAUUAAUGGAGUUUUCACACCUGAUUUUCCUGCGAAUCCUCCUACGCCGUUUAACUACACUGGCAAUCAAGUUACUAACCCUGCUACUACAACUGGUACUCGAGUGUACAGACUUCCGUACAAUGCGACAGUUCAGUUAGUCUUGCAAGAUACUGCGAUGCUGACACCGGAGAAUCACCCGUUCCAUUUACAUGGCUUUAAUUUCUUCGUCAUUGGCAGAGGUGUAGGAAACUAUGAUCCUAAGAAGGAUCCGAAAAGGUUUAAUCUUGUUGAUCCUGUUGAGAGGAACACCGUUGGAGUACCAUCCGGUGGAUGGACUGCUAUCAGAUUUAGAGCUGAUAAUCCAGGGGUUUGGUUCUUACAUUGUCAUUUGGAGAUUCAUACAACAUGGGGAUUAAAAAUGGCAUUCUUAGUGGAUAAUGGCAAUGGACCAAAUGAAUCUAUUAUGCCACCUCCUAUGGAUUUUCCAAAAUGUUAACAAGCUAGUUACGUUGUAUAGAAAUAUAUACGUUCAUUAAUAUUGUUUAUAAGUUUGCAAUUUUUAUUUUUAUUUUUGUCCUUAAAGGAACAAAGCCCAAGACAAAAAGAGAGUAAAGAUGUACAUUGAGACAAGAAGCUCACGCAAAUAAAAAUAUUACAUUAUUUUUUGUUCACUUUAUUGCAAUUUUACUAUUCAAGUUCCGAGGUUACUUAAUAAUUUGAAAACAAAUAAAACUUAAAUAAAAUAUUUAAACAUAGCAAACGAUUUCUAAAAAAGUUUUAUAUGUUAGCACUAUAAGUAUAUUUUAUUCAACUAAAUACAAUAGUUAGGAAUCAAAAGCGAUUAAAAAGUUUUUCGUAUAUUUCAACUUUGUAAGUGUGGAGUUGUUAUUAAAUUAUUUGUUACUCUAUUUUUUUCUUAUGAUGUGUCU